AUGAAAGACUCCCCACAGCCUGGACCAGUCGUGUGGCCGAAGACUUGUGCAGUCCCCGGGGCGAGAGUCACGAUUCGUGUUACCACGAGAGGCAAGUGCCGCACAGCGUUUCUAACAUUACGCAUCCGUACGGAAUACGCCCACGUCCAUUUCCCCCUUGCCGGCGCUAAGAAGCCGACGUUAUCUCGCUUCCGCACCACGCUGGGCCGCCCCAAUCUCCGCGAUUUGCACCUCUCCCUCCAGUUUGGCCGUCACCCUGAGCUCCCCAUCGGACGCAUGGCAACAAUGGAGUCAAGGUUGCAAGAGAAUUUUUUCCUUACGAGAGUCUGGACCCUCCAUCACUGGGAAGCAGCUGGGAAGAUUGGUUUCUACCAUGGCAGAAGCCAUGCGAUGAUUCCCGCUCCGUUACUCCGAUGGCCGCAAGACUCCCAAACUCCACGUGCCGCCCAUCGAGUCGCCCAGUCCAGUCUCCCCAUGCUUGUUAUGCACCCCUGCUUGAGGAAUGCAACCCGAGACGGCGGGUUUGGUCUGGAAUUUGAUCUACCUGGUCGCGGGGGACGUGCUACAGGUUACUACCGGCCGAAAGUGGUUGCAUUACUGCGGCCCUGUCUUGGAUCGCCAUUCUUGUUCUCUGCGCUGCUUGAGAGUGCGCCUGGGAUAGCAUGGCUUACAAUUUCGAAGAUUGUGCUGCACGAGCGAGUGCACUGCGGUCAAGUUCAUUUGACUCCCAUCUGCAAGGUUUCCGACUUUUCUCGCGCAAAAUAUCGCUCAACAGCGGGCCCGGACAUGACGGUCACAAAGUUUGAUGCCACUUGUUAG